UCUUUCUCAUAUUCUACUCUCUACUUGUCAUUACUACUCAUUACUAAAUAUUUCAUAAAUCUAAUAAAAUCAAAUGCCCUCCUAAUAACUGAUCCAAUAUUCAAUGCCCCCAAAUUAAUUCUCUAUCGAUCGAUCUCUUCUUUCUUAUUUCCUUCAACUUUCCCAUUUCACAAUUAUAUUCAUCCCUCUCUCUCUCUCUCUCUCUCUCUCUCUCAUGGAAGAUGAUCAUGAAGCAUGCAACACAAGGCUGCAUCUUGGACUUGGCUUCUUCGGCGACCGUGUUCCGAGGAAGGAGACACGUAAUCAUGAUCAGAAGGAGGAAAAGCCUCUCGUUUGCUUGGACUUCAUGUUUCCGAGAGAGGAAGCCAUUAACGUGGAUCACAAGGCAGACAGAUCAACGUUCAGAAAAUUCGACAGGGACGAUGAAUACCCGAAUAAGGAAAACGAUUCCGACAGCCACCCAAACAAGGACGCAGGGAGAAAGAAACUGCGCCUCUCAAAAGACCAAUCCAUCUUGCUUGAAGACUGCUUCAAACUUCAUAGCACCCUCUCUCCGGCCCAGAAACAGGCAGUUGCUGGGCAAUUGAAUCUGAAGCCGAGACAAGUGGAAGUUUGGUUUCAAAACAAAAGAGCAAGAACCAAGUUAAAGCAAACGGAAGUAGACUGUGAAUUCUUGAAGAAAUGCUGUGAAAGUCUAAGGGACGAGAACAGAAGAUUGAAGAGAGAAUUACAGGAGCUACGGUCGCUCAAAGUUGGAUCGUCGCCAUUAUAUAUUCAACUCCCAAAGGCUGCAACUCUUCGAAUGUGCCCGGCGUGCGAGAAAAUCGUAAAAGCCACUGACGGGAAGAAUGCAGCCGUCUUCGAUGGGGUCGGCCGGAGGAAUAAGAAACUGCAGAGUGGGUUUGAUGGCACAAACUGAGACAGAUUAAUUCUAAUUGGUUUGGUUCGUACCCAUCACUACUUUAACAACACUUUUUAGACUAUCCGGCCACUUCUCCGGACACGUACGUACGUGACCUUUGUAUGAAAUUUCAUUUCUCAUAUUAUAUAUAUUCAAAUUUCUAACGAAUCAGACAGAUAAUUAUUGUAAUUCUCAUUUCAAUCACCCCAAAUAAGUUGGGACGGUCAAGAAUUGUUCCACUUUUGAGAAAGAUAGGGUAGAAUAAAUUGUUGAAUUCUUAGCAAAUCGCAUGGUUAGACCAAAUUUCCUUUAAUCAUUGAUUUGACAGGAAAGUUGUUGCGCCUCUC